AUGUCUUCUCCUUUAGCCCGGCGCUCGCUCUUCAUGGCACCCUUCAACUCCACAUCCCAUCCCGGGCUGGUCCUGGGCCACCUCGACGACGCAAACUCCUCAUCCAUCCAAUGCACCGACGACGAAACCCACGCCGCCUGCGUACGGCGCGAGCACACACAUGAAGCAGUCGCCAAUGCGCCGCUGAUAUUACUCUACUUCUUCGCGCUGGGCGCGCUGUUUUUUGCGAGACGAAUGAUCGCGCAGUCUGUUCGCCGGACUGGCAUGAGAGGCCAGGAAGGCCUAGUUGACAGUGUGCGCACGAUGUUGGGAUAUGAGCCUGUGCGAGGAAGGAGGGAGACUAUACAAGCAGAGCCGAUGGGGAAAGUGACUAGACCGAAGAGCGUCGCAGGAUUCUCGUUCACGUCUCCCGCCAUUGUCAGGCGUACGCGUUCUGCAUCGCAAUAG